AAUUAUUAUAUUUAAAUAAUUCUUAUAAUUUACAAAGUUUAUUAUAUCUGUAUAGUAUCUUCUUCAUUUUAUAAUGAUCAGACAUAGACUUGUUAAGAUAUAAGAGAGCAAAAAGUUGAGAUUUAUUGUUACUAUAAGUCAACCUACUGGCUUGUAUUGCUCGUGCCGGCUUGUUAACCUGAAAAUUCUAGCAGAUGAUGUGUAAAACUACCAGGACCUAGUGUUGAAGGAAAAUACUACUACACUCUCAUGGAGAUCUUUGUGGAAUAUUCUGAUCCAGAUUCCGAAAGUGACUCAACAGUGUCAGCAAUAUACCCUGAGACUAGGACCCUUUUGCAUUCUCUAGGGUCAUCAAACAAGAAUGUUUCUAUUGUCUCCUCACCUUUACCAUCAUUCCCUGCAGAGUUGCAUCAUCUGUAUUCUGCUUCAACCCGAGCAAGCAUUGAGGAUGACCCCGACAUUCAUGAGGGAAGACAGCGUACAACCCCACACAGUGUUGGUAGCUGGCCGACCCAUAUCUACUUAGAAUGGUAUCCACCAACCACAGAGUUAGCCGUUCUUUCUACAAUAAUUUCUCAAUAUCAAGUUCAGCUCCGAGGCCAAAUUGAAAUCCAUAGCCUACUAUGCAACAAUCUUGGUGUGCGGCUACCACUCCAUAGAUGAAAUUCAUGGUUCUGGAAUCGAGGCUUUUUAUGUUCAUAUUGAUGGGGUGGGCUGGGAGCCCAACUUCGAGAGGACACGAUGGUUUCUUGUCUUGCGUGUUGGCUGUUCACCAUCUGAUGCUCUGCGUUGCUUGCUACAGAUCUCGAAUAAAUCCCUUUCGAUUUUUCAUCAAUCAUCCCUGUAUGAAACCUGUCAUCAGGCCACAAAUAGAAAUCAAGGCAGGGAUAUAAAUGUUCCCCGUGUGGUAGGAGAGCAUCCAGGUUGUUUUCAUAUCUCCAUUGCAUGGAGUCUUCUUCAACCACCGUCUGAGGCCAUGGGAAUGCUCGAACAUUCAUCCUUAACGCAAUUACUCCAGAUCAGGAUUCCCUUCACAACAGUCAAACUAAAGGUUGGGAACCGAAUUGUAAAUAUUCCCCUGUUAAGUUCAUAAAAA